AUGGAUACUGAGUAAAAAGAGUUGAAUCAGCUUUUUGAGGAUAUGAGUCUAAUAGAUGAUACAACUUUUGAUAAUAUUCAUUCCGAUAAAUCACCUUCUAAAUCUAUAUAGGCAUAAGAAAACAAUCACAUUAGAGAAUUUAACUUAUAAAAAGUCUCUGAUUUUCAAAACGACUUGAAAUAAAUUGCUCUAAAAACUAGGUAAAUGGAUCAAAAGUUUACUUAAGUUGAUUUUAUUGAGGUUGAUACAAUGAAACAAUCUUAAAACAUGGAGAAUAUAACCAAAAUCUAAAUCUCAGAAGAAAAUACAGACAAUAAAGAAUAAUUUUAAACUAGCUUAAAUAGCUUGAAUGACUUAACCAAUCUAACUGCUUCUCUAUAAAUUGGAUAGAUAUUACCACAUUAACCAAUAAAUGCAAAAAAGUCUGAAAUUACACAGAAAAUAGGCUAAGCAAUCGUGGGAAAAGUCAUUGAUAUGAGUGAAUAUACGUAAUACCAAUUAUUUAUUUGUUCGAUGGCAGAUAUUUACCUAUAAAUCUAUCAUUCUGGUUCUGAUGAAACGGGAAUACAAACUCCACUAAUCAACGUCUACGAUGGCCAGUAUUUAUUUCUAAUCCAAUAUAUUGUGAUCCGUAAUUUCAUUAUUGCCAUCAGACAUGGAUACAGCUCAUACUUUAGAUUUUAAAUGAUGGUGACUAAAACAUAGUCAGUAGACUUUAUAUCACAUGAUUUGCUUUUGUUCAAUUGGUUUUAAUUGAGGCCAUAGGUAGUUGAGUAAGAAAUAGAAUCCAGUCUCUGGAGAAAUAUGGUUGAAGAACAUGAGUUUAAUUUUUAGUUUUUCGAGUACAUACAGGAUGAAAAUAUGCUUAAUAGGCUUGUUAACGAAAAUUACUAUUAUGAACUUUAUAAUAAAUACUCUGCUUAAGACUAUUACCAAAAAGUAAAUAAGCUAAGAUUAUAACUUUAGUAAAAUUUAAGGAAAAUCAGGACUUUCGAUCCCAUUAAUUAAGACUAUGAUUAGUUUCUAAUUCACAAGUACAAUUAGAAUAGUAAAUCUGACUAAAAAUCAUUUUAGCAGUUUAAAGCUAAAUUGGUAUUCAAAGAAAUAGUACUUUUUGCAGAAGCUCAUUCACCAAGUUAAGGAUAUCGAACUUUUGUAUUUAUCGCGCUUAUGAUUAGAGUGAUGAUUCCAUUUUUAGUAAGAUAAUACGAAUAGAAUGCUGGUUUCUAAUAAUAGAGCUGGGAUAGUUACUUAUUUCAAAUAGGUGAGACAGCCAUCAUUUUCUUGAUUUGUACUCCAAACUAUCUAUUUAUAAUUUCUGGUUUGAUAGAUUUUCAUAGAAGAGUACUUAUGAUUGAAGCUUGUGGAGCUCUAUUAAACCCAUUUAAACCUUUGAUAAAUAUCAAAUAUCAAAUAUUUCCAUCAAUCAAUAUGACUUACAAACAGUCAAUUCAAAGUUGGAUGGACUUGCGAGUAUAGAUUAUCAACAUUAAACUAUCUUGGUUUUUCUACGUAUGCGUAAUAUUUGAUGUAGUCAAUGUAUUUUUAAUACUACUGAUAAUGCUAUAUUUUGGAGCUAGAUUUAAUCACCAAUUUAUACGUGACAGACUUUAAUUGUCUAAGUUAAAGCAAGCUCUGCUAUUUUCUCAAAUUAAUAUUGAUAAUAUUAAGAAUGGUGCCAUAUAUACAGGGCCCUUUUUAAAGCUGAUUACUAGAGAUAUCUAGCAAGCUCUUAAAAAAUUUGAUCAAGAUACUAUGAAAUAAAAAAUACAAGAUGUUAUGGAUGAGAUUGAUGUUAUAAUGUAAAGAUUAGAAAUAGAUGGAGAACAUUAGCCUCUUAAAUUAAUGGGAUUAAAAGCAACCUUUGGUCUUAUGAAUACUAUAUAUACCACAUUGAUAACUGUUGGCUUUGCUAUAUUGCAGAGGUAUUUUCAAUUAUGA